GUCCCUACAUACUCUCUUGUUUGAACGAUGGGGACCAUCUAAUUAUAUUGAUUUUGUUGUCAUCUAUUAUAUCACACGUUCAUUUGUAUCAUUUAAAAAAGAUAUAGAAGAAAUAUUGAAUUCUCAAUAACGUUAUUUCUCAUGAAUAAAUCAAUGUCUCAAUGCUGUUCUUUCCCAAUGGUCAUAGACUGACGUGUGACAUAACAUCCAAUAUUAUAGAUCUACUUUAAUAUAGAAAAAUGGCUACUUGGGCUGAGGACGAAAUUGGGCGAAAAUGGGAUCGUUGUUUCACUGAUGCUAUAUUUAAAUUUGGAGGAGGAAUUCUACUUGGAGGAGUAGUUUCUCUAUUUUUUUUCAAACGAAGAAAGUGGCCUAUUAUAACUGGUGGAGGCUUUGGAUUAGGUAUGGCAUAUGCUAAUUGUCAAGAAGAUUUAAAUUCUACAAUAAGACAACAAAAAUCAAGAGAAUGUAAAUCAGAUAAAAAAAAACUGCCCGAAGAAAAGAAAAGUUCUUAGCAAACUUUCUGUAAAAAAAAUUGUUAUGCUGUUACCAAACAACAUACAAUAUACCAAUAAACUAGUUGAACUUGUAUUAUAGUGUCAUACAAAAUAAACUCUUUCAUAAUUAUUAAUAUAAUUU